AAACUAUGCUACUAUUAUUUCUGUAGUGUCUUCUAGGAGCUGCCACUGAUAGCAGCUUAUGAAUGUUUUUGUGUAACGGCUCGCUUGACCUUCUUUAUAAGGUGCACUCUGGGUACAUCUGAUGAAAAGCAGAACUGAAAAGAGGAAGAGUAAGUAGUGGCUCUGGUGGCUGUAAAUAUUACACUAUCGCUUGUGACCGAUUCACAGAAAAGAAAAGGCACGCCAGACAUCUGCUGUUACCAUGUACUCAUCCUGUGCGUCUACGUUUCAAGAGGUCCAUGAAUUGUCCUCUCCGUACAAAUCUUUACAUGACAAUUAUGUUCCCAAUAAGCGGGGCUUGAGUGGACUUAAAACAUUGCUGUUGGCCACUGGAUGUUUGAUUAUCCUAGGGGGCUUACUCGCCAUUGCUUUGCUAGAGGAGAUGAAAAACGAGGAAAAGAUUAACAACACUGUGACCCAGAACACCACACAUCAGCCAGAGCCACAUGCUGAACAAUGUGAUCAUGUUGGGGAGUGCAGGAUUGAUCUGGUUGAGACUAUUCCUUUAUGGAUGGACUAUGGAACCAAUGCCACUUUUGGAGUACCGCUGUACAAGGCAUGGAAAGACCUUCUGUCUACGGCAACCCAGCAAGUCGAUAUAGCAUCAUUCUAUUGGUCUCUUACUGGUGAAGACAUCGGCGUCAAGUCCUCCACUGACCAGUUUGGUAGAGACAUACUGGAAGAGUUAAAAGCACUGCCAAAAAGAAACGUGUCCGUGAGAGCUGUGAGCAGCAUCCCUUCUGUGGCGACCGACUCGACAGACCUGAAAGUCCUGAGAGAAAAUGGAGUGUGGGUCAGACGGAUUAACUUUGGCAGAUUGACCCGAGGAGUUCUUCACACUAAGUUCUGGAUUGUGGACAGGAGACAUAUCUACAUCGGCAGUGCCAACAUGGACUGGAGAGCAUUAACGCAGGUGAAAGAACUUGGCGUGGUGAUAUACAACUGCACCAGUCUGGCCACAGACCUCCAGAAGAUCUUCCAGUCCUACUGGGAUAUGGGUCACAGCAAUGCAACGAUCCCAGUUCCCUGGCCCCCUUUUUAUGACACUUCCAUCAACAAACACCACCCUCUUCAUGUGAACCUUAGCGAUGUGCCCAGUAGAGUUUACAUCUCGAAUUCUCCUCCUGCCUUCUGUCCGGACUCGCGCACCAAAGACCUGGAUGCCAUUUUGUCCUUGAUCAGCCAGGCAGAGCAGUUCAUUCAUGUAGCGGUUAUGGAAUAUUUUCCUGCCUCCAAGUUUUACCACCAUCACAGGUACUGGCCAGUUAUUGAAAAUGCACUAAUAGGGUCAGUGUUUGAGAGGAACCUUACACUGCGUCUCCUGAUCAGCUGUGGCCGUGACAGCGACUCCGCCGUAUUCCCCUUCCUCAAGUCCCUCAACGCCCUGAACUCUGCAUCGGACAACAUCAGGAUAGAAGUGAGACUCUACAUUGUUCCAGAGGGUAACGAGACUAACAUUCCCUAUACCAGAGUAAAUCACAACAAAUAUAUGGUUACAGAUAACGUGGGAUACAUCGGUACCUCUAACUGGUCUGCUGACUACUUCAACACCACUGCUGGUGUCGGGUUGGUGGUUUCCCAAGAUGUUUCGCAGUCCCCCUCACCUGGAGACACAUUACUGGGGCAGCUGAGUGCUGUGUUUGACCGAGACUGGGGCUCCAAGUUUGCAGUGCCACUUGAAAAACUGGGCCACAACCCUGACUGUGCGUUUUCUAAAGCAUGAAUGGACAAAAUCAAGUCACUCAAAAAUGGAUAUGCUGCACAUUAUAUCAUGCUUGUCGAUGAGUUAUGUAUUACGAGGAUAAUUAACUUUAGACAGUCCUUUUCACACUAGGAAGAGAGGAUGCGGAGAGAACUGACGCACACGGUUAAGCGUCAAGGUGAACUGGCUUAGUGCGGGCUUGAUUGAAUAGAGCAAUAGAUAUUUAUAGAGAAGAGAAAUGAAAUGAUUAUUGCGAUACAUGUAACCUGGAAAAUAAUAAAUAUCACUGCUGUCAAAAUAUGAAACAA